UCGAGUGAAUACAUAUGCUCGUAUGUGUGUUGUUCAUUUGUUCGAUGUAUAUUGUUCGAUUGAGAGUUCAGAGUGAGCAUCAUCAUUAUAUUUCAUUUCAUUUUGACGCAUCGGCGCCGUUCAAUUGGAUUUCGUGUUUGUCGCUUCAAAAAUUUUCGUGAUAAAUUAUUUUAAAAGUGAACUUCACCGUUCAAGCAAAACGACAUAGAAACGAACAAAUAGAAAAGAGAAGAGAAAAAAAAAACAAAUAAAUAACGUGAAAAGUUUUUGGCAACUUGCAGCAUUUUGUGAUAUAUAGAUGAAUGUGGUCAGCACGCAAUCAAUAGCUCUAUCGGUUAUUAUUAAUGCGAUCUCAAUUUCAUGUGAAAAGAAGAGAAACAGUCAUAUAAUUUUGUUUGUGUUCCCGUUCGGCAAACAACAUAUUUUUUUUCCAUCUUUUGUUAGCAUAACACAUACACCAAGUGCUAAUUGGCAAACAUCAAUUUUGUGUGCGAGUGGAGGAUACAGAAGCAACGAACGCUUCAAAUGUGGGAUGCAUUCUAACUGAAAAAGCAAUAAACAACAACAAAAAUACACAUCAAAAAAAUAUAUUUGUGUUUACGCAUCAAAAACCAAUAGAAAAUCAGAAUAAUAAAACAAAAGUAUUUGCAACGAUAAACGUCGUAAGAAUAAAAUUUGAAGAGGCUUCAAUAUUCGGAAUACGUGGAAUUAAGUGCUAACGUGGUUAAAAUGUGCUCAAAACACAAAUAACAAUUCUAGACCCAUUUUUUGGAAUUUGGAAUUGUAUACACCGCAAGUUAAAAGUGUUUGUGUUUACUUGGGUGCCGUCUGCUGUGUGUGACGUUACGUUCGUUUACAAUCCAUCGAAACCAAACUAGAUGACGAAAGAAGAGCGUGUGCACCGAACACAAAAACUUGCCCCAAAAAUGUAAACAGCGACAGUUGAGCUCUAAAAUUCUAGAUAUUGUACAUAUAGAGCACAUUCACAAGUUUCAGUGUGUAAACAGUUAAAGUAAAUAUUGAAAUUGACGAACAACAGAGGCAGACAGAGAAAGAGAGCCAUACAUUGAGUGAGCGAAAAACGACAAACCGAAAAAUAUACACAAACAUUGUGAAAACGUUCAAACCGCGUUAUAAGGAUUACAGUGCGUCUACGUGUGUACAGAAGACAAAAAUAGAGAGAAAGAAAAAAAAAUAAAGAGUGAGAUAGAGUGUGUGAGAGAAGCAAUUCUUUAGCAAGAAAGACAAUUAUUUGUUCAGAUUCAGUGUUUUAAUAUUAUUUUUGUUCGUCUUCUGUUGUUAUUGUUGUUUUAUUGUUAUUUGUCAUUUGCUGGAAAUUUUCGGCGUGGUGUGUUUUUGUUUUCAAUAUAUUAUUCGAUAUAUGUUUACAUUUGUUGUAAUUGUAACGAGCAAACGGUGAAUGUGAAUGACACACUAUUUUAAAGACGAAGAUAAAGACGUGGUGAACAACGGUAACGGCAAUACCGAUCAGCGCAACAUGUAUCCAAAUUCAGGAAUAAACGCGGCCGCAGCUGUUGCAGCUAGUAGACAUCCGGGACCGCCGCAACCGAACCAACCAUACAAAUUCACCAUAUUGGAAAAUUGUGAUCGAAUCAAAGAAGAGUUCAACUUCUUACAAACCCAGUACCACAGUAUAAAAAUGGACCUGGAAAAAAUGGCUCAAGAAAAGACCGAGAUGCAAAGGCAUUAUGUUAUGUAUUACGAGAUGUCGUAUGGUUUGAAUGUCGAAAUGCACAAACAGACAGAGAUAUCGAAACGCUUAAAUGCCAUUAUAGUACAAAUUGUACCUUUCCUGCAAGGUGAACACCAGCAGCAAGUGUUGACAGCGGUUGAUCGAGCUAAACAAAUUACAAUGACUGAAUUGAAUGCUGUUAUUGGGCAACGACCGGAUUUGCCACGUCUCCUGCAACAUAUGCAGGCACAACAAAUGCCUGUUGGUCAUGCACCACCGAUUCCGCUUAAUAUGCCACAUCCUGGCCUUCCUCCCGGUGCAUUAGCCGCACCACCACAACACCCAUUGGCAAUGCUCGGCAAAUCAGAAUUACAUCGACCAGAUGAUGCAAAAAGUACAAGCGGUUUGAGUGCAACCGAAGAACGACACCGAAAUUCCAUUUCACCAUCUGAUCGCGAUAAGUACCGACCACGAUCACCACCUGACCAACAAAUGGAUCUGAAGAAAAUUAAAAAGGAUGACAAAGAUAUGGGACACCAAUCUGAUGGUGAGAAAUCGGAUCAAGAUUUAGUUGUCGAUGAUGCAUCAGAAAGUGCAAUGAGCCCGAUGCCAAAUGCGCACAAUAGCAAUGGUGGAACACAUUCGCCGCGUGAAAAUGGUAUGCUACUUAAGAAAAUGGAACAUCCGGACAGACUUGGUCCACAUUCGCCGCGUUCAGGUACCUCAUCAAAUGCAUCAACACCAUCGAAUAAGAAAAUGGAAGAGAAGCCAUCAACGCCGCUGUCAAAAUCAGUUACACCAACCAAUUCAAAUGGAACGAAUGGUGAUAAAAAUUUGCCAAAACCGCCAGUCCUGAAUCCAAAUUAUCCGCAUCCGUAUUUACCAGGUGUACCGCCCGAAUUUCAAGGGGCAUAUCCACCAGGUCCAGUUCCACCAAAUUUGCCUGCUGGAUACCCAAGACCGCCAUUACAAAUGGGCUUCGAUGCUCAUCCACAAAUGAGAGCACCCCCAAUCGCCCCAGCCGCACUUGGAAUGUUGCCGAGUGGAAAAGCUUCAUAUUCAUACCAUGUUGGUGAAGAUCAACAAUUACGAGCUGCAUCAUUUCCGCCGGAUGCAUUGAUUGGUCCCGGAGUACCACGACAUGCGCGUCAAAUCAAUACACUUGCACACGGUGAGGUGGUGUGUGCUGUAACCAUUUCCAAUCCGACAAAAUACGUUUAUACUGGUGGCAAAGGAUGUGUGAAAGCAUGGGAUAUCUCACAGCCAAAUAAUAAGAAUCCAGUUAGUCAGUUAGAUUGUUUGCAACGAGACAAUUAUAUUCGAUCGGUUAAAUUGUUGCCGGAUGGACGGACAUUGAUUGUUGGUGGUGAAGCAUCAAAUCUAUCAAUAUGGGAUUUAGCCAGUCCAACGCCCCGCAUCAAAGCCGAAUUAACAUCAAGUGCACCAGCCUGUUACGCUUUAGCCAUAUCGCCUGAUUCAAAAGUUUGUUUUUCAUGUUGUUCGGAUGGUAAUAUUGCCGUUUGGGAUUUACACAAUCAAGCAUUGGUUCGACAAUUCCAAGGCCAUACAGACGGUGCAUCAUGUAUUGAUAUUAGUGCUGAUGGCACAAAACUAUGGACUGGCGGUCUAGAUAACACAGUUCGUUCAUGGGAUCUCCGAGAAGGCAGACAAUUACAACAACAUGAUUUUGGUUCACAAAUUUUCAGUCUUGGUUACUGUCCUACUGGUGAUUGGUUGGCUGUUGGUAUGGAAAAUUCCAAUGUAGAAGUGAUGCACGCCAAUAAACCUGAGAAAUAUCAACUGCAUUUGCAUGAAAGUUGUGUGCUUAGUUUGAAAUUCGCUGCCUGUGGUAAAUGGUUCGUGUCGACUGGAAAAGAUAAUUUAUUGAAUGCUUGGCGAACACCUUACGGCGCUUCAAUAUUCCAGUCAAAGGAAUCAUCAUCAGUGCUCAGUUGCGAUAUUUCCGCCGACGACAAAUACAUAGUGACUGGAUCGGGUGAUAAGAAAGCUACCGUUUAUGAGGUUAUCUACUAGACAUGUCAUAACAAUCAUGUCAAUUUCGUGGCCAUUUUCGACAUUAUAUCGAUCUAAUUGAUAUAUAUUAUAAACAUGAUCAGGAACUUAACUCAAUUUUAUUUGCAAACACGAUUUAUUUCGUUUAGUUUCUACUUAAAAGACAAACUCUUAUUUGAAACAAAUUAAUAUUUGCUUUGAAAGAGAAAAUCAUAAAAAGCUUAAAUUUACACGCGGCAAUCUCAAUAGAUGCAAUUUCUCUUGAUUUUUAUUAAACAAACAAAAAAUUUAAAUCAAUUUUCAUAGAAUGCGAACAAUUUUUUAUUCUCGCAAAUUUUGAAGCGAAAAAAAGGCAAACGCAACAUUUUGCAUUGUAACUAAAAAAAAAGAAAUUGUAUCCUUCAUAGUUUUAAUUUAAAUUUUAAGAAAAAAUCUCUUUAUUAUUGUGAAGAAGAAACAAUGUGGAAAAGAAAUCUUCAGUUAUAAGAUCUAGCUUGUUGUUUAGACGUUUAAAGAAGAAGAAAAAAUACGAAGAAAAAAAAGAGCCGAAUACAGAAAAAAGCACAUAAAUGUUAAAUAAUA